AUGUCAGCCCAAGAAGAAUUCGACCAGCUGGUGGCAAACAAUCGUGCCCAUACCUCAUCCCACCCCGAAGAUCGUGACGACUCCCCGCACUUCUCCGACGACAACGAUUCCCUCUCCUCCCCACCACGUCACCUGCGCCAACGUCGUGUGUUCGACUCCUCCGACGAAGACGAGGAUAACACAGACAACAUGGUCUCCUCUCGUGGCAAUUACCACGUCCCCAACACCGUCUUCGAAGCCAACACCGGACCCAAGGGUGUCAUCGCCGAUGCCCAGGCCUUUGAGCGCGCCCGCAAGAAGUCCUUCCGCAAGACCCUCCUCAGCGCUGCGGGCUUCGACUCCAAUGGUCCCACCUUUAGCUCAAACAAGGGAACCCGGGACGAGGCAUCUGCCCCCGGGGUUGAGGGUUCGUCCGGUAGCGAGGACGAUGAGGAGCGGUUUAUGCGCAAGUGGCGCGCCUCGCGUAUGCAGGAGCUUCAAACCCGCGGUAUGCGGCGUCCCUCUCCACGUGGGCGACGCUUUGGAUCUGUAGAGACCGUUGAUGCUGCGGGGUACCUCGAUGCCAUUGAGAAGGUGACCUCGGAUACUAUCGUUGUGGUGUGCAUUUAUGAUCCUCACUCCAAUGACAGUGCCAUUGUCGAGGAGUGCCUUGUCACUAUUGCCCGCAGACAACCUACUACCCGCUUUGUCAAGCUGCAUCAUGAGAUUGCCGAGAUGGAUCAUAUCCAGGCUCCAGCGCUGCUUGCCUACCGUGGUGGUGAAGUCUUUACCACCAUUACCGAUAUCAUUCGCAACAUCCCCAAGGGCCGCAGCUGCAGUGCUGAUAGCCUAGAGGACCUGUUGAAGCUGAACCGUGUGCUCUAA